AUGCAGGCUUCAAACCCGCCUGCCAGCCUGUUUGGAAGCUCGAUGCAGCACAGCGAUGGGCCACCCCGCCAGUUCCUCCAGCCCUCGCAGCCCGUUCUCGCUUUUAACUCUGGGCCCUCGCAGGUUCCAGGGAGUGUUGCGGCUUUGGCACAGGGUCAGCAGCCGAUAUUAAAUGAUGCGCUCAGCUACCUGGACCAAGUCAAGGUCCGUUUCGUUGAGCAGCCAGAAGUAUACAACAGAUUCCUCGAUAUCAUGAAAGACUUUAAAAGUCAAGCAAUUGAUACUCCUGGUGUCAUUCAACGGGUUUCGACCCUGUUCAAUGGCCAUCCUGCUCUGAUUCAGGGAUUCAACACCUUCCUACCACCUGGCUAUCGCAUCGAAUGCGGAACGGACGACAACCCAGACGCCAUUCGCGUCACCACCCCGUCGGGGACAAAUACUAUCUCCAUGCAAGCUGGCCCUCGACCGGCAUUAGGCGCGCCUGAAGGCGCUGGCCCUACAGCUGCCUCUAUUCCAGCUUCGCGCCCAGAACACAAUCCAUCACAGGACACACAGUAUGACUACCAGGGCCAACAUGAUCAGCAAACCUCCAACGAUGCGGCGGCAAUGGUUCACCAGCAGGAACAGAGAGGUGUCUCACAAUUGCAAAAUGCUGUUUCUGUUGCCACUGCCGCCGGUCGACAGGCAAUGAUGCAGCUUCCACAGAGCACCCAUACACCUGGUCCGUCACAGCCUAUGAACUCUCUUGCCGGUGGUAUUGGAUCUUCGGGCGUGAUGCCAGGUCAAGUCGAUGCCACCAAACGUGGACCCGUCGAAUUCAACCAUGCCAUCAGCUAUGUUAAUAAAAUUAAGAACCGCUUCUCCGAUUCACCCGAGAUAUACAAACAAUUCCUUGAAAUACUACAGACAUACCAGCGCGAAUCUAAGCCCAUCCAAGACGUCUAUACUCAGGUCACCCACCUCUUUGGGGCCGCGCCUGAUCUUCUUGAAGACUUCAAACAAUUCCUACCAGAAUCCGCAGCCCAGGCAAAGGCUCAAGCUGCCACUUCUAACCGUCAGUCGCAGGACGAGGUUCCUAUACUCAGUAAUGUACGCGGAGAACCAGGGUAUGGCACUUCAGCACUCCCACAGCCUCAAAUGUCGAGGGGCGAUGUCAAGAUGCCGCCGCUAGGGCAGUUUAAUGUGAAGGAUUCAACCAAGGAGAACAAGAAACGCCGUGGUGGGCCGAGUGCCGGCGUCGUUGGGGCCGGAAUGCCCGGCAUGCAACCUGCAAUUGGUGAUAUGAACGGCAACCAGAUGAAUAAGAAUGCCGCCCAGCAGAUGGGCAUGAAUAAGAGAACAAAGUUCAGCCACAAGCCCUCUGCAGCGGAUUCGCAGCCUGCAAUAUCACCAACUCUCGUCCCAGCAUUGCCUGAACCCAUCCCUCCAAGUUUCUCUCUCACGCCUUCGCACGAGGAAUAUGCGUUCUUCGACCGCGUCAAGAAGUUCAUCGGCAACAAGCAAACGUUUGGCGAAUUCCUCAAGCUUUGCAACCUUUAUUCCGCAGACCUUAUCGACCGCAAUGUUCUUGUUAACCGUGCUGCUGGCUUCAUUGGCGCCAAUCAAGAGAUCAUGUCCUGGUUCAAGCGCUUCAUGCACAUCGAGCCCAAGGACGAGCUCAUCGAACCCAAAGCCAAGCCCGAUUCGGGCUCCGUCAACCUCUCCCACUGCCGCGCCUUGGGACCUAGCUAUCGUCUACUACCUAAGCGUGAGCGUCAAAAGGCCUGCAGCGGUCGCGACGAGCUGUGCAAGAGUGUGUUGAAUGACGACUGGGCAUCCCAUCCGACAUGGGCUUCGGAAGAUUCUGGCUUCGUCGCGCAUCGCAAGAACCAGUAUGAAGAUGCACUCCACCGCAUUGAAGAAGACCGCCAUGACUACGAUCACCAUAUCGAAGCUUGCAUUCGUACCAUCCAGCUUCUGGAGCCAUUGGUGCAACAGAUCUCGCUUAUGAGUGACAGUGACCGGGCGUCGUUUAAGUUACCGCCUGGUCUUGGUGGGCAGAGUGAAACCAUCUACAGACGAGUUAUUAAGAAGAUAUAUGAUCGCGAACCUGGCCAGAGGGUGAUUGAGGAGAUGUUUGCUCGGCCGUGUAUCGUGCUUCCCAUUAUACUAGCGAGGUUGAAGCAGAAGUGUGAAGAGUGGAAAGCUACACAGCGCGAGUGGGACAAGGUAUGGCGUGAGCAGAUGCAAAAGGGCUUCUGGAGAAGUUUGGAUCACCAGGCCAUCAUCAUGAAGGGCAAUGACAAGAAAUUGUUCUUGACCAAACAUAUACACCAUGAAAUCCAGACCAAGUUCGAAGAAGGCAGGAAUCAUCGCAGAAGCGGAAUGCAGGUUUCCAACUAUCAACUUGACUUUGCCUUUGAGGACUCCGAAGUUAUUCUCGAUGCCACCCAUCUCUUGCUCUGCUAUCUCGAUCACAGCUCAGCUGGUUUUGGCGCCGAUCCACAGCGUGUCAUGGCCUUCAUCAAAGAUUUCAUUCCCGUUUUCUUCGGCAUAGACCGUGAAGCGUUUAAGAAUUAUUUGUCUGAAGUAUACGAUAGCACAUCCGCAAGCGAGGAUGCUGACGACGAUAGCUCACCAGACGAAGCACCUAUCAGGCCAAAACGCAUCACAAGCGGAAAGAAAUUUGAACUUCUUCGCGAAGUUCUUGAUCGACGUCCCGAUAGAUCUAAUAGGCCCGAACUAGAUCUCAGAGCCGGAUCGGCGGCAGCUAGUCGAGCCACAACACCCAUGUCUAUGAACGGAUCAACACCCGCCCCUCGCUCAGGAGACAGCUUCGAUAUCGCCGAGCUUCGAUGGAUGGACCAUCCUACCCGCGGCAACUUCCAUCAACAACGCGAAUAUCCACUCAACGAGCCGUACAAGAAGAAAGUCCACCAUUUCUACUGCAACCUGACCAUUUACUGCUUCCUGUAUACCUUUGAGAUUCUCUACCGCCGUUUGCUACAUGUGAAACAAUAUGAGAAAGAAGCUCACGAAGCUGUGCGCCGAGCCAUGGCACCCAAGGCUGCUCUCGAGCUGGGCAUGAUUGAUAAAUCGCCUUCAGACCUCCUUUACGACACUGACCCGAAGGCCAAUCUGUACCACCAGAUCGUCCGCAUGUGCGAGGAGGCCAUCACGGGCCAGUUGGAGCUGACACAUCUAGAGGAGACGCUCCGUCGCUUCUAUAUGAAAACUGGAUGGCAACUUUACCAGCUCGAUAGAAUAUUGGGCGGUAUCGCGAAAUAUGCUGGCGGCGUGUUCAACAGUGACGUCAAGGAUAGGACCUCCGAUGUCGUCAACCUGUUUUACAAGGAGAGAGACAAGGAGGAGACAACGCAUAACCAGGAGAUCCAGUACCGCAAACAGGUCGAGCGGUUGAUCAAGGAGGGGGAUAUCUACCGCGUUACCUACGUACCCGCCGCAAAGCAUGUUCUUAUCCAGCUCUUGACACCAGACCAAGGCACCCUGGAAAGCGAUGGCCUCGGCCACGAAGCCCGGUGGUCCUACUACGUCUCAGCCUAUACGAUGCGAGACCCCACCGAAGGAGUCGUCUUCUCAGACAUGCGCAUGCCAUUCCUAAAACGCAACCUACCUUCCAAAAUGGACUCUGACGACGAAUACAAUAACUUCUAUAAACCACUUGUCCACCAUGACGGCCUUGUCAUCCGCAUCUGUGCUAACAGUUACAACAUCCUGUACGAGCCUGGCACCGAGGACUGGUGGUACCGCCGCGAGGCCGUCAAGGAGUCCCAAGCUGCCGAGACUGCGAGGGAGUUUGCCAGUUUGAAGGAGAAACGCAAGGAUCGAUUUAGAGGGAAAUUUGUGAAUAAUCCGACAUGGGCACGUGGACUGAGUAAAGAUGAGGUCGACAGAUCAAACCAGCAAUUCCGAACCUGGGUUGGAGCCGCAACGGAGGACAAUGCCCCUAUUGCUUCCGCUUCUGACGCCGCCGCAGCAGAGUCUAAGCCUGAUGAUAGCGCCAACGCAGCCGACCGCGCUGAAACCGCACCAGCUGAUGAGGUGAAGGGCGAAGCACCGGCGGACGAGGACCAGGAGAUGGGCGGCGUCUCUACUGACCCUGUCGCCGUGGCAUAG